AUGGGAAAAUCAUUUUUUAAUCGUCGAAGCAAAUUGUGGUGGGGGCACUAUCAUCUAAGGAUAGGUAGUCGUCUACAAGUUCGAUUAAAUAAAGGAGUGAAAUUUUCUCAUUUUGAGCACAUAGGACGAUUUAUAGCCUUUGCCAGACAAUCAAGAUUUUUAAGAGCAGCAACACUCAGUAAGUGUCUGAGGCGAAACUUUUGGGGGUCUGAUUUUUAUUAUGAUGGAAAACCAAAAAGUAAAGAAAAUCCUCAGCAAAUUUUUAAAAAUUCACA